AUGGCCUGGAAAGGACGUUUUUAUGGGGUGAGUUGGAUGUUUUGCUCGAUUUGUAAAAACGAUUUUUCCAGUUCUCGCCGCUCAUUUACUCGGAUUUUCUGCUCGAAUGGCUCAUUUUUGUGCACAUUUACGUGCUCGCCGCCUGGUUGGCCGUCAAAGAGGCCGUUUUCGACAGUGGACAUCGAUUGACGGUGUGGAACAUUUUUUCGUUGCGGCGUACAUCCACAUCGCACCGCCCAUCUCUGUUUUACAGAAAAUAAAAACCGAACUGACCCAGGCGCGCUUAUGGACGUGGAAAACGACGAAACGACGGAAAAUUCUGGUGGUCGGAGGCGAUGGAACCAUCGGAAAUGAGGUUGGAAUGGACAAUUCUUCGAAGCAGAUGUUGGACCAUCUUUUUUUUUUGACCGCUCAGAGUCCGAAAUUCGUCACCACAGUUCCUCUUUCACUAGAGCCGCAGGAUUUGAUAAUUUCAGGACCUAAAUGGACGUCUUUAUCUCCGGUUUGUCUUGCUCGUUGUACCGUUCCGCCAGUGGUCUUCCGGGCACUUUCUGCAGUUCAGAAUUGAGCGGGAGAGCUCAACGGAAGAACACGGAAGAAUUUGUAUCUUUUUUGGAAAAUUUUUUCAUGGAAUGUGAUCAACUGACAAAAUGUAUAGCAAACUGAACUCUGCUAAUAAAACAAUAAUUGUAAAUUUAAAUUUUCAUGCAAAAAUGUUAUUCGAGUUGUUCCGUGAAAAUGUCCUUCCGUCUUCCGUUAGCCCCCUUUUUUCACGCAACAACUCGAAUAACUUUUUUGUAUGAAAAGCUAAAUUUACAAUUAUUUUUCUAUGGGCACAGUUCACUUUGCUAUACAUUUCGUCAGUUGAUCACAUUCCAUGAAAAAAUCUUCUAAAAAAGAUAAAAAUUCUUCCGUGUUCUUCCGUUGAGCACUUCCGCUCAACUCUGCUGCAGUUCCUCCUUUCGCAUCGGAUGGCAAAAGUUCGGCUCCGCAUCAAUGUGUCCACUGGAAAUGCUCGAUUUGCCCGGCACGAUCAUAGGGACCGCGAGGAGCGCAGGGAGAACGAGGACUUUCGGGCGGACAAGGCAAGAAGGGACGGUCCGGCAAACCAGGACAGCCGGGAGGAAUCGGAGCGAGCGGGAAGUGAAUGGACGGAAGGGAUCGCCCGGAGAGAAUGUUAUUGCGGGAGAGGGAAUCAAGGGACCAAGACCUCUUUGUGAAGGGUGAAAAGAGAAUCCUGAUGUUUCUUUUGUCCUUUCGCACCCCUUCCGAUACUCCCUCGUGGCUUUUUGGUUCUCGUACUUGAUUGCCACAUUCAUUCAGAAAAGGACCGGUGAGGCGAAAUGUCGAAAGUGCAAAGGUUCAAUAAAAGCGGUCGAAAAAGAUGGUCCAAAAUCUCGUUCCCAAACAGAAACACACUGAAAUUCUGAAAUGUUGUUUGCAGAUUGUGAAUCUGCUCCAAUUACACGGCGAUUUCGAGUGCCACGUCGUCGUUCAUCACACAUUUUCAUCGCAAAAUUCGCGAUGGAAUAAUGACAAAAAUGUGCACGUCUACAGUGUGGAUUUGGUCGAAAAAGAGCAGGUAACUUUGGAAUGUUCCUUUAUUUCCCCCCACAUUUUUUCGAGUUCUUGCAGAUCCUCCUCCUUGCGGACCGUCUUAAAUCGCACGACUUUGAAGUUGGCGUCUUCGCUGCCGGAAUAAUGCUGUGCCCCGAGUACCGUACCCCGGACGGCGUCGAAAUGCACAAUGCGGUCAAUGUGGUCGGCCAAUUGAUGCUCUUCGAAGUGCUCCAAACGAACAUCCACCGAUCCGUGUUCCUUUCGUCGGCCACCGCGAAAACCGCGUGGAUUCCCGCCGCCAAUGCGAAUUUUCUGGGCGCUUAUGCGGGGCCGUACCAGGCGUACGCCUCCUCGAAACUGAAUUUGGCCGUUUAUGUGAAAGAAAUGGCCAAGGAGAGGUACUCGCGAUUUUUGUUUCGAAAGAACGUAAAACUUGCAGACUGAUAUCGUCGGUGUCCGUGCAUCCGGGUACCGUACCCGGCCGUCUCUACCGUAACGCCAAUCCGCUCGUCCGUUACCUGACCGCCACGUGGCUUCCGUUUUGGAUGCGGAAGCCCGAAAUGGCGGCCGCACUCGUCCUGCACACCGUAUUCCGCGACGAUUUGACACCCGGCGCCUACUACGAGGACACUGAUGAAAUUGACAUUUUCCGAUGGAUUCCCCACGAGGUAUACUGUAGUUUUUAGCGAAUUCAAGUUAGAAAUCGCCUUUUUCUUCUGAAGGACCGUCAUCGAAUCUACAACACAAUUCAUCGGAGGAUCGAAAUGUGGAUGGAACAUUGA